UUUAAAUCGCUGCAAAACAAAUAGAAUGUUUUAUCUUAUCAGGCAAUUCCCCAUACACCAUUGGCAAUCAUUUGCUUGCUCUGGUUGUCACACGCGAAGAGAAGCGACAUUUUAAAAUGAAGGUUCUCGGAUGGUUGGUCGUUGUUUGUGCUACAUUUGCCUUCGCACUAGGUAGCUUCGUUGAAUGUGAUCUUGAUCUGGAGGAUGCUAAAAUAAUCAGCCAGCUGCCCGAGGAGUGUCAGCACGUAGAUGACGCUACCAAAGCGCUAAUGCUGGAGGAAGCGACAAGUUUCAAACUGUUCCAUGAGAAGCUGUUAAACUACGAAGCCUCCAAAGCACCAAACAGUGACGAAGAAAUCCACAUGGAUAUGGACUUUCGCAAUGCACUGUACGGAACAGUCGAGCUGCACACGUGCCUAAGUGUGAACGAAACGGUUCAUCUGUACUUACGGUGCCUGAUAGAUAAGCGUAGCGAAAUGAUGGAUUUAAUUGAACAAGCCACUUAAUCGUUGCUCACAUUAGGAGUUCGAGUUGUACACACUGUCUAUCGCCGUUACCGCACCGUUAUGCUUGGAUAGUUUGGCCGAAUCGAACUGUAUCAGAAUGAUCAUGAACGAGAGCAGUGCGACAAAGAUCUACAAAAUUGAUGUAUAGUUUAUAGUUCGAGGAAUGUUCAGUAUUUUGAUAAACUGCUGCCUACCGAAGAUAGUGACGAUAGCUCCAGCUUAAGCACGCCACAGGCCGUUGUUACGAUCUUCUUCCUGUCGAGUGUUAGCAGCUCAAUACGAGUCAUCUCAUAU